AUGGCUGAGAGUGGGGCAGAGAGUGGGGCUGAGUGGUCGGGGUCUUUGAACACACAUUUACUCGGAGGGAAUGGGAGAUCCGACUCGGAUCGAAAGAUGACCAAGUUGGACAAGAAUUGGAUGGAAUUGUACAAGGAGUUGGUAGAAUUUUAUCAUCAGUUUGGGCAUUGCAUCAUCCCUGAUAAGCCACCCUACAGGCACAUGUAUGCUUGGCUCUUCCGGCAGAGGAAAAUCAAGGAAAAUCUCAUAGAAUGGAGGCGGGACCUAUUGAACAAGUUGGGCUCUGAUGCAAUGAAGGAGCAAGCUACAAUCCACAAGAGAGACGACCGAAACUUCCAAGUCAAACUCAAAGCAUACCGGUAUGCAGAGGAGUCCCAGAAUGGAACUACUCCUGUUCAGAGCAAGGAGCUUGCCCGAUGGGCCCAUGCCAUUAGGAGGUUGGAUAAAGACAACAAGCUUGACCCGGAGCGUAGGCAAGUAUACUGGAGGCCAUCAACUUUCGAUUCGGCAGAAGGAGGAUGCCAAAGCGAAUCUCAAUCAAGGAUGAGGCCAUUUGGAUGA